AUGAAACUGAGAUUGAGAUCCAUCGAAUCCAAAGAAACCUUCAAAAUUGAGGUCCCAAAUCCAUGUAAUAUCCUACAACUCAAACAAAUCAUAUCCCAAACCCUAGCCAAUUCUCCCCCGCCUGCGUCCAUUCGUCUUUCUCUACUCAAACAAAUCAUAUCCCAAACCCUCGCCACUUCUCCCCCGCCUGCGGCCAUUCGUCUUUCUCUUAAUCGAAUUGACGAGCUCCAACCCACGUCCCCUGACGGCGAAGGCUCCCUCGAAUCCCUCGGCAUCACAGCUGGGGACCUUAUUUAUUUAACCGUCGAAGCUAAUUCUGUGCACAACACUCAAGUUCCCCGAAUUACCGCUAACUUAUGGUCUCGAUCGCCACAACCUGUUCAUGAUCCUCAGCCUGAGCCCGUCGGGAGUUCAAAUUCCCAGAAUGCCUCGUGUGCGGACUCGAAUUUUAUCACUGAGGAUACUGGAAGUUCUCAAAAUGCCCUAGUUGAAGACGAGAAUUCUGAGGGUAUGAAUUCGGGUGCCGGAAAAUGGAAAGCCCAAGAUUCGAGUGCGCAGACGGGGGAAUCAGUGAAUUACAUGGAGGUUGAUGGUGGUGGUGAUAGCGAUGAUGGGUUUAUUGUGGAGGCGGUUGAGAAAUCUUUUUCUGUGCCAGGGUUCUUACGGAAAGUGUUUACAGAAGAAUUGGGGAAUGACAGUGGUCGUGAUCACAAAUUGAUAGUUAUUGCUAUUCACGCAGUUCUGUUGGAGUCUGGUUUUAUCCGGUUUGAUCUGAAUCUGAACGAGCAAAUUGACGGAUUUCAAUUCCAGGCUGAAUGGCCUUCGACUUCUUUCAGGCUAUCAUUGAUUUACACUCUUCCGGGAAUAGUCAAUCAUGCUAGUGGUAAUCCAAUUGAUUGCGUUGUACUUAAAUUUCAGAGUUUGGGAAAAUUCAUCAAUGUUUAUGGCUCAUUAGCUAAUGGGGCAAGGCAAUCUGGCACGCAUUGGGUGCGACUGAAUGAAGAGAAAUUAGUGCCCUUUUUGAAUGUUGUGUGGGCAAAUUGCGGUUUAAAUGAGAAUAUCAGUGGAAGUGAUGGCAGUUUUAUGGGUACAUCACCUGAGAAAGAAGUGUUUACCUUUUGGAGGUCUGUGAAGGAUAAUCUUGCAUUGCCAUUGUUGAUUGAUUUAUGUGAAAAGACUGGGUUUGAACUGCCACCAUGCUUUAUGAGGCUGCCAACUGAUCUUAAGUUGAAAAUCUUGGAGUUACUACCUGGUGUUGACGUAGCUAAAGUGAGUUGUGUGUGCUCGGAAUUGCAGUAUUUGGCAUCAAGUGAUGACUUGUGGAAACUGAAAUUUACUGAGCAGUUUGGAGUAGAGGGACUGCAGUAUUUGGCAUCGAAUAAUGACUUGUGGAAAUUGAAAUAUGCUGAGGAGAUUGGAGCCCAGGGAGUAGAAGCACGUGGGGGUUGGAAAAAAGCAUUCGCGAGGACUUGGAAAAACAGGAAGUUUGGCGCUAGUCGUAGAUUAGAAAGGCCGAGGCCUCGCUUUCCAUAUAUGCUUCCCUGGAUACCACGAAUUAGAGGUGGGCCCUAUGACAUUGGGCCUUUCUUCGAGGAUCGUGCGCGAAUGUUGCCGGGAAGGAGAACUUUUUCACCCCCUUGUAACCUGGGAGGAAGUAAUAACCAAAAUUUCAUUUAG